AUGUCGCAGCCGCCGGCACCGUCGCCCUUAGGCCUGCUGCACGCCGUGCCCCUUUCAGCGUACUUUGCUGACGCCUUCGGCCUUGUCUACGGCUGCUCCCCCUCCUCCUCGUCGCUCGCGCCGCACCCCUGCGGCGGGCCGCCUGGAUACACGGCCGGGGGGAAGCGUCGUCGGUCAUCGGUGAGCUGCGCGAGCGCGCAGGGCACCACCCAAAGCAGCGAACUCCACGCUGGGACGGUCGACGCGGGUCACGUGGCUGAGGCGGGGGAUGGCUCCGUGCCGCCCACGCACGCCGCGGAGGCGGGGACUCUCCUACUUGUGCCCACCGCCACCUCGCUCACACGCCUGGGGCCGAGCGGGUCAUGGCUGAGCUCGCAACCGCCCAGUGCGCCGGAGGAGGAGGGCAGCGGCGGCUGCGCUGCAGUUGAAUCUCAGGCACGCGCCUCCCCGCCCACAGACGAGGGAAGCAAAACGGCAAACACGGCCGAACUUGCCGCACUGCUGCACCCCGCUCUGCUGGAGUGCUACCGGGUAGAGGACGCGUUGCUGCAGCGGAGGCGGGAGGCGGCGGCGAAGGAGGCGGGAACGCGGCUUUGCGCAGCAGCCCCGAUGAGUGAAGAGAAGUUGUGGCGGGCGAUGCGGCGGCCCUGCCCGGCAUCUUUGCCCGCGUCGCCUGGCGCCUUUGAAAGGACGCUGGACCUCAUUGAGUCUCAGAAGCGGCGGCGGCGAGAGCAGUCGGAGCGGCUGGAGGCGCAGGCGCGAGAAAUUGCACGGGUAAAGGAGUUGCCGAUUCUUGUGGAGGACGCCGUGCGGUAUGCGAAGGAACUCGUUGAGUGGAGUUGCAAGGGAGGCGGAGGCGGCAAUACGGGCGUCUGCCACGCCGAGGCAGCUACACCGCACUCUGAUGAACCAACCGCAGACGAUCGUCGCCUGCCUGCCGUCACGACCCCAGUAUGUGCAGGCUCUGCAGCAAGUGACGACAAGGAGGCCAGUCAAAUGCUGUAUGCCAAGUUUCCACCGCCGCUGUUUCACACCUCGUCCUUUGCGGCCGGCGUGGGACGUCUCUUGCGGUGGGUACGGACGUGGCAGCGGGCAAUGCCGCGGGGAGUCACUGUGGUCCGGCCUCCCCCCGCCAAGGCGGGGGAUAAAAACAAGUGCGGCGGGAGAACAAAUUGGGUGGUGGCGAAGAAGGCCACGUUGCAGCUACGCGCAGCAGCACCGUCUUUACGGCAAGGACGGCAGCGUCGUGGUGAAGUGGAGACCAGUGGAAGCAGCAGUUCACUCGAUGCGGAGGCAAGUGAAGGGGCAAAUGGUCAUGGCCCUGCAUCAACGGUCGUACACCGCAGGAACGAGGAAGCGCGUCUGCAGAAACGUACGGCGCGUCAACGAUACCAUGACAAUUGGAUGCGUAUGGCGGACAGCAUGCUCGGUGGCGGAGACGGACGCAUUGCGUCAGCCCCCAUCGGCGGUGGGUCGCCGCUUGAGCCGCGCGAGGAGAGCGAGUAUGGGCUGGCCAGUGACCACGUCAUGUACGACGAAUACGGCAACCGCCUCCGCAGUGUGCGACUGGCGAAGAAGAUGGCCGAGAAGCGUGCGCUGCGGGAGGAGGCUCAGAAGGCGAGGGAGCAGCGGCGUGGGUACUUUGCUCGCGCCGAGGAAGAGGCCCGCUCCGUCCGUCGCACGCUUUUUGACGAAGUUAGCGACAGCGGAAGCGACGACGCGAGUGAUGACUCCAAUGACGAUGUGACAAACAUUGCCGUUCUGCAUGGGCCCUGCGGCGUGGGAAAGACGGCGAUUGUUUACCUCGUGGCGGAGAUACUUGGCUAUCGCGUGGUGGAGAUGAACACCUCAGUGCGGCGCUGCCCCAAGAACAUUGACCGCCUCUUGUCGGAGGUCACACGCAGCCGGCGCCUCAGCGACCUCGGCACAGGAAGGGCAAUGCUCAGCAUCGAGGAGGAGUUGAAGAAGCUGAAGAAGGAGCACGCCGCCCCUCUCGCUGCUGCUGCUGCUGCUGCGGCGACGACGACGGCGACUGCCCCAACUCCAGCCAGGAAGGAGAGGAAUGGAAAGAGCAAGUGGAAGGGCAACGCCAUCUCUGCCGAGGCGGUGACGGCGUUUUUUAGGCCGCGCGUAAAGGCGGAACCUCCGGAAGUUGUUCUGGUUGACGCGGUUUCCACUGCAGCUGUUGACGACAAGGGCGGAAAGCGUCAGGAGGGGACAAGUGUGAACGUGGGGGCGACGUUGGCGGCGGCGGCGGCGGCGACGGCGGCGGGCCCAGCCUGCGGGGGGCCGGAUGGCACCACCCGCACUCUGCUGCUGUUUGAGGAUGCAGAUGUUAUUCUUGGCGACGAGGCGAUGAAGCCCUUUUACGCAGCGGUGCGUGAACUGGCGCAGCGCAGCAAGGUGCCUAUCGUUGUCACAAUGUCCUCAACCGCGUCCACGAGCGCCCGCCCCGUGGCGGCCCCGGCGCAGGACGUUGAACCCGUGCAGACUGUGCCCAUCGACGCCGCGCAGGUGUCGCAGUUCUUUGGGAAACGCACACCGUUCACGGCUAUUGAGCCCAUGCCGCGUAGUGCCCUCUUCACCCAGCUGCUUCUGGUGGCGGCGGUGGAACGGGGCCUUGUUGCGGUGCAGCGCGGCGCGCCUCCCUGCCGAGAGGAAAGAGAUGAAGGCGAAGUAGGAGCAGGAGGAGGGUUACAUCGCGCACGCGCGACGGCGAUGGACCCUGCGCUGCCAGCGACGCCCCUUGAGUUGUUGCUGGUGAGGGAUGUGGAGAAGUUCCAGCGGCUCGCCGAUGCCAUACGAGGUGAGGUGUAUAGUGAUGACACGGGGACGGCCUCCCAGCUCCCUCGCGAACUUACGGACGUGCGACGGUGGCUUAAUCGUCUACAAUAUCUUCGGUUGGUGGAGCACUGGCCGACCCCGGUGACUUUGCGUGAGCCCCGCCAGGAGGAGUGCAUGGCUGGCGAGGUCUGCAUCCUCCCCACACAGCUUGAGGCGUGCGCUGACCGGAUGGAGGUUGCCGGUCUCCGGAGCCACUGGGAUAGGCAGCUGGGCCGCGUACUGCGGGCGCCGGCGUACGUCAGUUCUGCAGCCUGCUCCACGUGGGAAUGGCAGCAGUUUCAAUACGCGGAGGAAGUUGCCGCGGACGCCAACGCCAAUUCCACGUGGGGUGACGGUGUUGCCGGGGAGGCGCGUAGCAGCAAUGGCAACAACAGCAGCGGGGAGGUUGUACCAAAACUUCAAGCCGACGCUUCAGCUGCCGCCGGGCUGGCGGAGGUUCUCCAAGGCGCCGUCCCCAUUGGCGCUGUUGUUCAGCCGAGGCACAGGGAGGGUGUCGAUGUGGUGCGUGGAAGGUGUACGACGACGACACAGGAGCGCAUAGAUGCGUUUGGCGCCUGGUGGCGCCGCACACGAAAGACAGACGCGAUAAAGUCAUUUGUUGCCGCACGCAGCUCGGCUGCCUACGAAGACGUCGUGGGCUUUGGCUGCCUGCUGCAACAAACUUCCCCCACGGGGAAGGGACUCAGUGGGUGA